AUGAGGAAGGGAGGGAAAGGGGAAGAGAACGAGGGGUGAGAGGGAGGAGUAGAGGGGGGAUGAGAGGGUCCCAGGGGUCUAGGAGAAGAGAAGGAGCAGGGUUGCUCGGUGAAGUGCACCCCCCACGGAGAACCUUGACGGGGGGCAGCUUUUCGUUUUUGAAAAAAAAAGACACCGAAAAUCCCUCCCUCUGCGUACCCCCCACCAAAAAACACAGAGUGCGCAGAGACACAAAUAGAGACUAAUAUAACUGUUGAAAAGGGCAUAUGCAGCAAAUAAAGGGUGUGUGUGUAUGUGGGGGUUGGGGGAGGUGUGUGUGGGGGGGAUUUGGUGGUGUGGUGCUUUCUGGAGAUGUUGUAAUAGCAGGGAGUCUCCAAAUUUCAUUUCUACAACCCCCAUCUCCCUAAUAUCUUCCUCUACUCUUUCUCCAGUGUAUCUAUCUAUCUAUGUGGUAUAUGGGGGGGGGGGGGGGGGGUUAUAGAAGAACAGAUUAUGGGGCUAAAGCUGAAGAAUGUAAUCGGUCCAAUGGGAUGAGAUCAUGAGACCCCUCCAAUACACCUGUCUGGGAGUCUUAUCCCAAAGGUCACUUGAGGAGCUUAGUCUUAUUCAAUAGCCUUUCAGCCAUUCAUGUACUUUUAGAUAUUACUAUGGUAAUUUAACAAAGGCUUUCAGGCUUACAGUGUACAGUUUGUAUGUUGCCCAUGUGCAAAUCAGACCUACAAUUCUGGUGAUAAAAACACCAUACUCCAACCUCCAACCAAAUCUGAACAAUAUUACAGUUGUUCACCUAGAUUGUAUGAAUCCAAUAAACUCAUUCAGAACACGCAUUCCUGAUUAAAGGUUAUAAUUAAUGCAUUGAUUGUCUGUGGAACCUUGAGCAUUUUGAUAAGUACAUUGGUGAUGUGUCUCGAUCAUUGGAAACUGAGGUGGACUCGGUACAUUUGCUGCUCUCAUCUAUUCUACAAUAAUUACUACUGCUAAUACGUUCCUUACAAAAUCAAGGAAAUUACACAAAGGCUAAGAUAUGCUUGCCUUUCCCAAAGCUUUCAACAAUCUUGAUCGAGGAGAGAAAAAACCUUCAGAGCUUAUUCAUAAGUGCCACUAAUUCCACUUUCUGUCAAGUGAUAAGCACAGUCUCCCAGCAAUAAACUGAAAAGGUAAAAGAUUUUUACUCAAAGUCUCAUUCUCAAAUGACUGUCUAUAUUGAAUGGUAUGAGAAAUGGCAAGGUUGAAAAAUCCAUUAAAUCAAAUCAAAUGUUAUUUGACGCAUGCGCCGAAUACAACAGGUGUAGACCUUACAGUGAAAUGCUUACUUACAAGCCCUUAACCAACAAUGCAGAUUUUAAGAAAAAAAAUUGAUAAGAAAAAAAGAGAAAAUAGAAAAUAAUUAAAGAGCAGCAGUAAAAUAAAAUAACAGUAGGGAGGCUAUAUACAGGGGGUACCGGUACAGAGUCAAUGUGCUUCGGAGGAAGUCGUGACAGGUAAGAAAUCAUCAAAAUAUGCAAAGUAACAAAAAGGAGGGAAAGAUUCAAAUGUUAAGUCUUAUGUCCCUUCAAAGCGUUUGGAUGAAAGAUCGACAGAGAAAGUGAAAGAUAAAUAAAUCAGAGAGAAGAAAGGGAGAGAGCGGUUGAUGGAGAGAGAGGGGGCAGGUGGAAAAGAGAGGCGGUGAGCAGGAAUUUCCCUAAGGGGUCGAUGUGUUUGUGCUAGCUCUACUCUCUCUCUCUCUCUCUCUCUCUCGCUCUCUCUCUCUCUCUCUCUCUCUCUCUCUCUCUCUCAGUCAGUCAGUCAGUCGCUCUGACACUCAACAGAAUCACACUCAACACCCCACUCUCACUCACUCACUCACUCUUUUUGACACAGAGGCAGAGACACACACACAUCGCGGGGCAAGCAAACAACAGAGAAGAGGAAAGAGGAAGAAAAGGAAAGAAGGAAAUAAAGGAGGAGAAAGGGAAAACGUAGAACGGAGACAUCUACCACUUAGAUUUUCUCAGAGGCUUUGAGAGGAGAACAGACACAGAGGAGUUGAUAGGAGAGGAAACGAGGAGGAAGAAAGCCUAGACAGAGGUCCAGUGUCACAUUGACUCCGGUAAGACGUCUCUCUCUCUCUCUCUCUCUCUCUUUUUCACACACUCACUCACACUUUCUCUAUCACUUACUCUCCAUCUAACUCAAAUUUGCAAUAAGUAAUCUACAUAAGAUUCUACUAAGCUAUAUAGAAUUGUUUUAAGAACAUCAUACCAAGGAUAAUUUUGCAAUUUCAUUUUAAAUAUUAAGAUCCCUUGAAGUAUAAUAUAUAUAUAUAUAUAUAUAUAUAUAUAUAUAUAUAUAUAUAUAUAUAUAUACAGUAUCAGUCAAAAGUUUGGACACACCUACUCAUUCAAGGGUUGUUCUUUAUUUUUACUAUUUUCUACAUUGUAGAAUAAUAGUGAAGACAUCAAAAUUAUGAAAUAACACAUAUGGAAUCAUGUAGUAACCAAAAAAGUGUUAAACAAAUCAAAAUAUAUUUAGUAGCCACCCUUUGCCUUGAUGACAGCUUUGCACACUCUUGGCAUUCUCUCAAAUAAAGAAAAACCAUUGAAUGAGUAGGUGUGUCCAAACUUUUGACUGGUACAAUAUAUAUAUAUAUCCACAUAUUUGAUAAAGUUUUAUUUGGCCUUACUGCUAUUAGCCCAUACAAACGCAUAUAAUAACAGAUUCACUACAUGGAACAACAGAUAAUCCCCAAAAAGUUUGUUCUGAAGUGUCUGUUUAGUGCCAAAAAUAAGGGGUCAUAUAUAUAUCUCUCAUAUAUAAUUUUUUUUACAUGUAUUUAACCCCUUAUUUUUGGCACUAAACAGUUUCCAUAUACUGUAUACUUCCAUAAAAUGUUUCAACUGUUACCGGGGGACCUUCAGAUGAGUCUUGUGAGGCCUGUGGGCAUCCUAGAGCAACCGACAUGUACGUGUUCGUGAGAGUCUCACCUUUCCACAGAGGGGUCAUAUUAGUAUGUAGCCCAAACUGUUCGGACUCUACAUACAGAAGUUGGCAGAUCGGCUGUACCGACUUCAGACGCUUGUUGGGGUCGUAGAGCAAAAUGGAGAACACCAUCGUGUUCGUGAGAGUCUUGUCUUUCCAUAGAGGGGUCAUAAACCAUUCGGACGCUACAUACGAUUUUGUGAGAAAACCGAUUUUCGGGAUGUCUCAUGGUCUGACAAACACCGCUCUAGCUCUGUCACCUUUCACCGCAGAUGCAGAAGUGCGACAUCGGCGGAUGCGGUGGAUUGAGAUGCAUCCAGUGCAAAAACCUGAUAUCGGUAGCUAAAGGGGACAGAUUUUUUUUUUUUUAUUCUUUAUUUGUGUAUUAUGCUAAUAAAAUGUCUGCGGGGGAGCGGACAUCGACUCUAGGGGGUUAACCUAAAUCCAAUGACAUUGUGACAUUAACUGAAGUCGGUGCCCAGUGGGAAUGGUCUGUUAAUGUCACUUUGUUGGGAUAGUCAUACAGUUUGUGUGUGUGUGUGUGUAUAUGUGUGUGUGUGUGUGUGUGUGUGUGCGCGUGCGUGCGUGUGUGUGCGAGAGAGAGGAGAGAGAUAGAUGCUGGCAGAGAGAGGAAGAGAGAGAGAGAGAGAGAGAGAGAGAGAGAGAGAGAGAUUUAUGAUAAUAUGGUCUGUUAAGCAACAGCUAGUGGAAGACUUGUGGUAUAUGGAUAAAAGGUAGUGGUGGACACGCAGCAUGUGUGGUCCUCUGUAGCUCAGCUGGUAGAGCACGGCGCUUGUAACGCCAAGGUAGUGGGUUCGAUCCCCGGGACCACCCAUACACAAAAAAUGUAUGCACGCAUGACUGUAAGUCACUUUGGAUAAAAGCGUCUGCUAAAUGGCAUAUUAUAUUAUUAUGUGUUGUGGGCUGCAUGUAUUACACACCAAUAGUGGAUAACAACUCCAGGGUAGUAUAAACCACAACUGCCUCAGACUCAGAUACUGAACAUCCUGUUCAUGAUAGUCAUAUCCGUCAUGAGCCAACCUCUCUAACUAAUCUGGCAUGUGUCACUGGUAGAUCACAACUCCCGGGUAGUGAAAACCAACCACAACAGUCUGAUUCAGUAUGUGAACAUCAUGUUCUUGAUCCUGUCAUAUCAAUCAUGUUGUGAGUAAGCCAACCAACCUCUCUAACUCAUCCAUGACGUGGGCUAAAGAUGAACUUCAAGUCAAGAUUCAUUGUACAUCAAUUGCCAAAGUUUUUGCCAUUCUCUUUUUAUGCUAAUUGAAAAUGAGCCCACAACAUGUAUAUUUUCAGAUUUCCAGAAACCUCCAGCCACAGUAGUAAAAGUACAACUAACCAAAGCGUGUUUGACCUUUGUAAUGUUUGGAAAGGGUAAAUGUGGUCAGAGAGAUACAGAGGGAGAGAGAGAGAGAGGGGGAGAGAGAGAGAGAGGGGGAGAGAUAGAGAGAGGGGGAGCGAUAGAGACAGGGGGAGAGAUAGAGAGAGGGGGAGCGAUAGAGAGGGGGAGAGACAUGGUCAGAGUGAAUGGAGCCUCUGUCUCUGAAUUAGUCACUAACUGGGACAACAGCAUCAUGUGAUGUGAGGAGCCAAGACAUCUUGGCUUGAUAAACAAAAUCCCCACAUGGCUGGGUCAAGAGUGCAUUAUGACCGAUGAGUGCAUUUAUCCCCGAUGACAGGGACAACGUUUUUACUAUGUCAAUAGUGGUAACAUUACUUUGUUUUAGCUCUUUGAAGGUCAUGAAAAAUAAAAAGCACGUAGUACUGUACUUUGGAAAUAGUUAUUCUUAUCAUACAGCAUGUGCCCUAGUGUACUGUACAUUACGACCUCUCUUCAUGUAGACUGCAUUCACCUCCUAAGCGGAGUCACUAAGGCACUGUUACAUAUUGAUGAGAUUUACUCUGUCGUAAUACCGUACCCUGGCUUUGUCACACUGUGUCCUCAAGCUAACUGAGUCAAUGCUCAGUCAGAAACUAUGAUGGAUGUGUAGGCAUGUGUAGACAUAGAGACAAGGAAGCUACAGAGAGGGCGUCAGGUACCCUAGCGGUUAAGAUCAUUGAAGAAUCCCCUAAUUGCUCCUGUAAAUCGUUCUGGAUAAGAGCGUCUGUUAAAUGACAAAAAAUGUUAGAGAGGACAAUGUAGAGAUAGUUAAAGAGGGGGAGAGGUAUAGAGAUAAAGAAACAGAGAGAGGGAGUGAGAGAGAUAUACAGAAACAAGAGAGAGUAAUGGACAGAGAAACACAGAGAGAGAGAAUGACAGAGAGAGUCACCCAGCCUCCCUGUGCACUGGCCUGCACAGGGAGGCUCUGUCCGUCACUGUGUCACCUGGCCCUGUGAGUGUGUGAGUGCAGGCCAGGGCCAGGCUGUGUGGAAGCUGUGUGUUUGGGCACAUUAGGAGGCAUUAGCAGGGGGAGCUUGCGAAGCAGCUGUGAAUAAUACAUGGACAUUAUUUAUGAGCAGAGAGCAAGUCCUCUGGAGGGAAAUGAGGCGCAUGCUACAGCUACACACUCCAAAAGUUACAGUGGGAGGGGGGACGGGAAGUGUGUGUUGCGAGGCUUUACUUCACAUUCUAAAUCGACAGAAUCUACAAUACCUUUCUCAGACUAUUUUCUCACCAGAAAUAGCCAACUGCUGAUGUUGUUCAGGUCAUCUAGCGGAGUGUUAUUUAACUAAGCGAGUGUGCAUUUAGCUGAUUGUUAACAGAGUGUGUGUUUACAGGAGCUCAGGGGGAAAGUUCAUUAACCUGGCAGUCAUCCACCAUGUCAGUCAGUUGGGGCAAAGGUCCUAUCUCCUUACAGUACAGGUGGCACAACUGCACAAUGACCUCAGCUCAUCAUAGAAACACACACACACACACACACACAGUCUAACCUGUAUGGAGACAGAGUCAGUGUUUGCUAGACCAUCACACUCCAGUUGGUUUAAGGAGAGGUGACAGGAUCACCCACUGACCACCAGAUGGAGGGAGCUAGAGAGGCCCCACAUUACACACAAGCACAGACAGACGGAUGGACGGACACACAGACGGUUUUUCUGGGGUUAGGCUAGGUCUGGCUAUUUGGGUCUGGGUUUAGCUCUUUGGGGUUGCUGGGCAGUGGUUAAGAUAAGGUGGGAUAGAGUGGGGCAGAGAGUCAGGACCUCAGGGAGCUCUGGGUGGACUGUUUGGGUGGGCCUAGUCUGUGUGGUCAUGAAGCCCCUGGGUAGGAUUAGGGUCAGGGUAGUAGGGUGGACGGGUGGAGGAUAAAGGGCAUGGUAGAGGAAAUGCCAAUAUAGUACUGGACUCUGAAGACCCUGUCCUAUAACACACCCACUGACUGACAGAGCUUCCAUGCUGUUGUGUCAAUCAAUUAAAUCCAAUCAACCCAAUUUGUAUUUAUCAGUUUGUGCAACUGUAAACUGUCUGUCCCCAAAAAACAGAUGAAGGACAGCAGACAGUGGCAUUGACACAUCUCUGUUGGGCAAUACUGUACUUCUGUAAAUGGCAUUGGUUUAACCUUGAUAGUGAAAACACCACACAAGGGGUUUAAGCUGAAAGCCCAAGGUGGGAGUGAGGGGGGGGGGGGGGGGGGGGGGGGGGGGGUGGGGGGGGGGGGGGGGGGGGGGGGGGGGGUGGGGGUGGGUUGGGGGGUAGGGGGGGGGGGGGGGAUGGGGGGUGGGGGAUAGUGGUAGAGUUGGGGGGGUAUAUUGAUUGGGGGUUAUGGUUUUUGGUCCCAUCGCUUGGUUUCGUACCUCAUUAAUUUACCAGUCACGUUGAGAUGCCUGAGGAACUUGGGUAUGGGGAGAGGAAGGGCGGAGAGGUAGGGUGAGAGGGUGGUGAGCAAGAGGGUGAGGCGGGCGAUAAAGCCAUUUAAUAGUCUUAAGUGCUUGGUCAAUCAAAUCCCCCUGCUAAAACCUUAAUGUUCUAAUGUUUCCCCCUUCGCCCCCCUCAUCUCAGUGUGUGGUGUGUGUGUGUGUGUGUGUGUGUGUGUGUGUGUGUGUGUCAGUCUGGAGAAGCAGUGGGGUACACAGCACAGAGGCACACAGGCUAUUAGAUAUGUCACAGAGAACCACUAUGAGAAUAUGAGGGACAGAGAGAGAAGAACAGAGAGAGAGAGAAGGACAGAGAGAGAGAGAGAGAGAGAGAGAGAGGAGAGAGAGAGAGAGAGAGAGAGAGAGAGAGAGAGAGAAAUAAAUAAAGAGCCACCCUCUUCCCUUUUCAUCUUUCGCUCCCUCUUUCAACUUCCUCUUUCUUUGUCUUUCUCUUCCUCGGUUCCCCUCUCUCUCCCUCUCUUUCUCCCCCUUCCUUCAUCUCUCCAUCUUAGUCUCAUGGCCCCAGGUGAGAGGGCUAUAAAGAAUGGUUUUAGGUCCUUCUCUCCUCUCACACUCAUUCCUCUACUACAUUCUACAGUACAUCAUCAGCUUUACUCUGUCUCCUCCUCUCUCUCCUCUCUCCUCCUCUUUCCUCUCCUCCUCUCUCAUCCGCUCCUCCUCUCCUCUGUCCCUCCCUCCGCUCUCUCCUCCUCUCUCCCUCUCUCUCCCCUCUCCUCCUUCUUCUCUCUCCUCCUCUCUCCUUUCUCCUCUCUCUCCUCCUCCCUCUCGCUCCUCUCCUCCUUUCCUCGUCCUCCUCCUCCUCUCUCUCAUCCUUUCUCCUCCUCUCUCCUCCUUUCUCCUCCUCUCUCCUCCUUUCUCCUCCUCUCUCCUCCUCUCUCCUCCUGUCUUCAUCUCUUCUGUACCCUCUUCCCAUAUUAAACCUACAUAGGCAGAGUUCAGGACCCACAUUAUAUACAGUAGUUAGGUUCGCUGGCAGUGGUGGAAAAAGUACCCAAUUGUCAUACUUGAGUAAAGGUAAAGAUACCUUAAGUCACCCAGUAAAACACUACUUGAGUAAAAGUCUAAAAGUAUUUGGUUUUAAAUAUACUUAAGUAUCAAACGUCAAUGGUAUUGCUAAAAUAUACUUAAGUAUCAAAAUGAGAAAUAAAAGUAUAAAUAAUUUCACAUUCCUUAUAUUAAGCAAACCAGACAGCACAAUUUUCUUUAUUUAAUUUAAUUUAAUGUAGCCAGGGGCACACUCCAACACUCAUCAUUUACAAGUGAAGCAUUUGUGUUUAGCAAGUCGGACAGAUCAGAGGCAGUAGGGGUGACCUGGGAUGUUCUCUUGAUAAGUGAGUGAAUUGGACUAUUUUCCUGUCCUGCUAAGCAUUCGAAAUGUAACAAGUACUUUUGGGUGUCAGGGAAAAUGUAUGGAGUAAAAAGUACAUUAUUUUCUUUAGGAAUGUAGUGAAGUAAAAGUAAAAAUAGUUAAAACUAUAAAUAGUAAAGUAAAGUACAGAUACCCCCAAAAACUACUUAAGUAGUACUUUAAAGUAUUUUUACUUGAGUACAUUACACCACUGUUCACUGGCCCAUGAGGAUAUUGACCAGACAGACCUCCCCCCAUCUGUCAACGUGCCCCCAUUCCAAACACCCAUACGCAAACACACAUCCCCCAAAUCACAUACACACAUCCUUGCUCAUAUACAGUACAGUACAGUACACACAUACACACACACACCCUGCCCACACACAUAGAUCCUAAUUGACGCUGACACAGACUCUCGGUGGACCCACAUACAGACACACAUACAGACGGAUCAGUAUUGACUUUCUCUUGACAACAAACAGUUAAAUGAGUGACUGGAGCUACACAAGCACAUUGCUGAAUGAGAAAGUGGAGUAAGAGAGGAAGUGAGACAAAUAGACAAAUAGAGAAGAAGAGAAGAUGAGAAAAGAGAACAGAGGAGCCCCCCUGUGUCCUGCUUUCACUCCAUCAGUGAUUCGGGUGUCAAACCUGGUUUGUUGUAUACACUGUGAAUUAAUGGGCCAGAUAGUGACAGCAGACAGUCAGAGCUACAGUACGUUACUGUGUGAAAACCAACAUAUGUGCUACAUGGGACUGUGAGCAUCUCUCUCUCUCUCUCUCAGUUUUUAAGAAAAAAAAUUGAGAAGUGAAAAAUUGAAAAUAGAAAAUAUUUAAAGAGCAGCAGUAAAAUAAAAUAACAGUAGGGAGGCUAUAUACAGGGGGUACUGGUACAGAGUCAAUGUGCUUCGGAGGAAGUCGUGACAGGUAAGAAAUCAUCAAAAUAUGCAAAGUAACAAAAAGGAGGGAAAGAUUCAAAUGUUAAGUCUUAUGUCCCUUCAAAGCGUUUGGAUGAAAGAUCGACAGAGAAAGUGAAAGAUAAAUAAAUCAGAGAGAAGAAAGGGAGAAAGGGCGGCAGGUAGCUUAGUGGUUAAGAGCGUAGUGCCAGUUACCGAAAGGUCACUGGUUCUAAUCUCCGAGCCGACUAGGUGAAAAAUCUGUCGAUGUGCCCUUGAGCAAGACACUUAACCCUAAUUGCUCCUGUAAAUCGCUCUGGAUAAGAGUGUCUGCUAAAUGACAAAAAAAUAAAAUAAAUCGAGAGAGAAGGGGCAGGUGGAAAAGAGAGGCUGUGAGUAGGAAUUUCCCUCUCUGUCUGUCUGACCGCUCCAAAUCUGAAUGGCACAAGUUGCCAUGUUUUCACACUCACGCAUGCACACAGCCCUGUGCCAGACUGCCACGAACAGUAAACUCACACUCCAGACAUUAGCAUGGGGUGUAUGCCAACGCCUGCACCCAGACACGCAUGCCAAAGGCAUCUUUAAUUAGAUCACAAACACACACACUUUCCCGCUGUCUUUUACAAACACAUACACACUCUCCCGAUACACCCUGUUUUUAACCAAGAAAUCCCCCUGCUCAUCUCUCUGACACACACACACACAUAUACAUACAUACACACACACACACACCACCAUCCUCAUUAUCAAUGCGCCAUACACACACACACUAGAGAGCUCUUUCGAGUGUUUGAUACGAUUGACCCAGAUCUUCAAGCGCGAACGGCUGGGGAGGGAGAGAAAAGGGUGUCUGGGGUGGGGUGUAUGUGAGGGGGGAGAGGAUUGGGGAGAGUGUGUGUGAGGGGGGAGAGGGUUGGGGAGAGUGUGUGUGAGGGGGGAGAGGGUUGGGCGGCUGGUGUGGAGUUUUUCUAUAGGAUCUAAUUUGAAACCCAGUCGGGGGUCGAUGGGCAGAUUUCUGUGGUCAGUGUCUUUGCUGGAGAGAAAGGGAGAGAGACAGAGAGAGAGCGAGAGGGAGAGGGAGUGAGAGAGAGAGGGGGUAGGGAAAUAGAGACUUUUUGGACCCCCGGAAACAGUCGUUAUCUCCAGAACUCUCCCUUUCCCCCUCCCUCUCUUUUGAACCCUCAUUCUUCUGAAAGAGAUCUGAUGUUCAAACAAGCCCGUUCAUGUAAAGGAGGAAUACUAUUUUUAAGGCUUUAGGAGUGCUUCUUUGGCACACAAACACACACACAGACAGAUACUAUGACACAUUCAGAUGCUGCAUGGGCUCAAGGAGAAAAUGAAAGAAACGUUGUCAUAUAGACCCAUUUCCCAGCCGCGUUCUGAAAAGUUGCACACACAGUACUUUCCCAGACAGGGCAGCUUGCCUGUGUCAGGAGUUGUUCCUGACCAUGUGACGUGACCAGGAAAAACGAUUGUUUACCUAGUCAUACAAUUAGAAAGUAUUCCAGAUCCUAAAUAUGACUGUUGUGUCUUUGUUGUGAAAGCUAGCUUUGUUGUGGUAGCUAGUUUGUGGAAUAGCAAGAGGAAUGUUUGAAGUAGUCCCAAACUCAUGCAAUGAGCAUGACAGAUUUGUCUCUCUCAAAUGUCCCUGUCGAAUUUGUUUAUAUAUCCCUCUUGGAUGGUUUUUGUCUAGCCACACAUGGAAUGAAAAUAUAUGAAGCCUUCAUUAGAUUUUCUUUGUCAAUAAAGCAUAUUGAAUAAUAUGGUUUGGCUUUGUUGUGAUAGUUGUCUGAAAGGAUGAUAACAUAUUCACAGUACUAAUGUGAAUAUAUGCCAUUUGGCUGACGGUUUCUUCCAAAGCGACUUGCAUGCAUUUUUCAUAAGGGUGGCUCCAGCGGGAAUCGAACCCGCGACCAUGGUGUUGCAAACGCCAAGCUCUACCAACUGAGCCACAGAGGACCAAUACAGGGAAAUAGAGGGAAUAGAGGGGAAAAUUGAAAUCGACACAGAGAGAGAGAGAGACACAGAGAGAGAGAGACACAGAGAGAGACACAGAGAGAGAGAGACACACAGAGAGAGAGAGAGAGAGAGAGAGAGAGAGACAGAGAGAGAGAGAGACAGAGAGCAAGAGAGACACAGAGAGCCCAAGAGAGAGAAAGGAGAACAGAGACAGAGAGAGAGAAAGGAGGAGACAGAGAGAGCAACAAAGAAACAAACGGAGAGACAGAGAAGGAGACAGAGUAACUACUAGAGAGAAAGAAACAGAAACAUAAACAGAGAAACAGAGAGAGAAACAGAGAGAGACUUUAUCUACAGCCCCACAGCCUUGGUGAUAUAGCUAGGCUGGCAAUCUACCGGCUUUCACCAUGCCACCUCCUACUAGGGCCAAUCUCUCUGCCUGUGUUACACAAACACACUCCCGCUGAGAACACACCCCUCCCCACCUUCCCUCCCUCCAUCCCUCCCUCUGUCCCUCUGUGCAGGAUAAUCCCCGACAUCCCCCACCACAAAUACCAGCACUCACCAAAAUAUAGUUCUAAGGCAUGGCACGGCAAACAGAGUGUGUUCACACACACACAUACACACACACACACACACACACACACACACAGAGAUUUAGAUACAAAGUAAGAAGCAGCCCACCAACCCAUACAAUACUCAAACUAACAAAAUACACACCCAUAAACUAGCCAAGAGAGAGCGAAUAAGCACUGCUAUUUUACAGUGGGGGAAAAAAGUAUUUAGUCAGCCACCAAUUGUGCAAGUUCUCCCACUUAAAAAAAUGAGAGAGGCCUGUAAUUUUCAUCAUAGGUACACGUCAACUAUGACAGACAAAUUGAGGGAAAAAAAUCCAGAAAAUCACAUUGUAGGAUUUUUUAUGAAUUUAUUUGCAAAUUAUAAAAUAAGUAUCCUGGAGUGGCCUGGAGUGGCCUAACCAGUCUCCAGAUCUCAACCCCAUAGAAAAUCUUUGGAGGGAGUUGAAAGUCCGUGUUGCCCAGCGACAGCCCCAAAACAUCACUGCUCUAGAGGAGAUCUGCAUGGAGGAAUGGGCCAAAAUACCAGCAACAGUGUGUGAAAACCUUGUGAAGACUUACAGAAAACGUUUACACACAGACAUACAUAUACGCAUAUACAUACACAUAUAUACAUACAUAUCCAUUAAAAAUAUAUAUAUAUUUCCCUUUAUUACUUUUCAACCCCACCAUCCCUUCCCUAAUUGGAGUAAACUAGUGAACAACAAUGCUUAGGCCUCUACUUCAUGCUUAUACAUACUAUAUACAUUUUAUGGACACAGUCAAUAAUUAUAUUUUGUUUGUUUUUACUCCUGAACUUCCUACGAUCAUUUUCAUGAUGUCCAUCUUGUAUGCUUCUAUAUGCCAUAUCUUUCUAACUGUGCUCUUUCACAAAAGCUCACAAUAUAUAACCUAUAUACUUAUUAUGGACACAGCUUGUCUUACACUAGUUAUCUUGUUGUUAUUAGUUGUUGUUAUUAGUCCCAUCCUUCAGCUCCAUUCAACACCUCCCAUCUAUCUUUUAACACCAUCCAUAUUGGAUUUCUAUUUGCCAUAUAUUUUUCAACUGUACUGUGAUGUUUUACAAGUUCUGAACCUUUCUAUUCUCAUUGUUUCUACAGUUUGUAAAUUGAAAAUAAACAUUUCUGCAGAGCUGGGCAGAGCUGGGAAGAUUGUAUCCCCCAUACAAAUAACAUUCUAUUGGUAGCAAGAAUUUUAUAUAACAAUUUAAAUUGAAAAAUUCUAAGUUUUGAAUCCGGCGUCGUUUUGCGUAUCAGUUCAUAAACACUAUGCCAUGGAAUCGGUAUGUCAAAUAUCUCUUCCCAACUAUUUUGCAAAUAUAUGGGACGGCUGUCAAUCUUUUGGUCCUUAAAUUAUCACAAUUUUCUUUAACCAAUUAUGUUCUUUAAUGCAAGGCCGACAGACAAGUUCCUUACUUUUGCCUCUUUCCACUUUCCUCUUCCAUUUUUUCGGUAAUGCUGCAAUUAUUUGGUUGUAAUUUUGGGUAGAGCACAUUUCCAUAAAUUUUUGUUAGCUGCAUGUGCAACAUAACUCCACCAUUCCCAUUUUUUUUUUCAAAAAAGAAUCGUUUUUUAUCAAUUAGUAUAUUUGAGUUUAACCACAAUAGUUGUUGCAAUAUUUGUUCUGUCAUUUCUGGAGGAUUAAAUUGAAAUUGCAACCAGCUUUCUAUGGCUUGUUUUAGAAAUAGUGAUAUUUGGGAGAUUAUUUCCUUUUCAAAUACCUGAACGUCAGGGGUUUUAAUCUGAAUAAAGGGAAAAAGUCCCUUCUUAAACAUUGGGUGAAAAUGUUUCGCAUUAUUUGUAACUUAUUUUGUACAUAAUGUUUCUGCCACCGUCUCUUAUGAGCUUCUGGAUAUCAGGACAGCGAUUACUCACCUCGUACUGGACAAAGAUUUUUUCUUUAACGAGUCGGACGCAAAGGAUUUACUUCAGACGCCCGACAAGGCCCAAAUCCCCGUCAUUCGCAGGAGAAAGAGAUGGAGAUAUCGGGGACAUAGGUCGGGGUGCCUUGUAAGGAUCCGACGGCGAGUGAAUAAUCUGCCUCUACCAUCAGUCCUAUUAGCCAAUGUACAAUUAUUGGAUAACAAAAUAGACGAGCUACGAUCACGAAUAUCCGACCAACGGGACAUAACAAACGGUAAUAUCUUACGUUUCACCGAGUCGUGGCUGAACGACGACAUGGAUAACAUACAGCUGGCGGGGUUUACGCUGCAUCGGCAAGACAAAACAGCCGCCUCCGGUAAGACAAGGGGUGGCGGUCUGUGUAUAUUUUUAAACAACAGCUGGUGCACGAAAUCUAAUAUUAAGGACGUUUCGAGGUUUUGCUCGCCUGAGGUAGAGUAUAUCAUGAUAAGCUGUAGACCAAACUAUUUACCAAGAGAGUUUUCAUCUAUAUCGUAGCUGUCUAUUUACCACCACAAACUGAUGCUGGCACUAAGAGGAAGCGAACAGGAAAACGCUCAUCCAGAGGCGGCGCUCCUAGUGGCCGGGGACUUUAAUGCAGUGAAACUUAAAUCCGUUUUCCCUAAUUUCUGCCAGCAUGUUAAAUGCAACUAGAGGGAAGAAAAACUCUAGACCACCUUUACUCCACACACAGAGAUGUGUACAAAGCUCUUCCUCGCCCUCCAUUUGGCAAAUCUGACCAUAAUUCUAUCCUCCUGAUUCCUGCUUACAAGCAAAAACUAAAGCAGGAAGCACCAGUGACUCGGUCAAUAAAGAAGUGGUCAGAUGACGCAGAUGCUAAGCUACAGGACUGUUUUGCUAGAACAGUCUGGAAUAUGUUCCGGGAUUCUUCCGAUGGCAUUGAGGAGUACACCACAUCAGUCACUGGCUUCAUCAAUAAGUGCAUCGAUGACGUCAUCCCCACAGUGACCGUACGUACAUACCCCAACUUUGCUCGCUUCAAGGCAAGCAAAACUGAGACAUGCAUGAGAGCAUCAGCUGUUCUGGAUGACUGUGUGAUCACGCUCUCCGUAGCCGAUGUGAGUAAGACCUUUAAACAGGUCAACAUUCACAAGGCCACAGGGCCAGAUGGAUUGCCAGGAGGAGUACUCCGAGCAUGCGCUGACCAACUUGCAAGUGUCUUCACUGACAUUUUCAACCUGUCCCUGAUUGAGUCUGUAAUACCAACAUGUUUCAAGCAGACCACCAUAGUCCCUAUGCCCAAGAACACUAAGGUAACCUGUCUAAAUGACUACAGACCCGUAGCACUCACGUCUGUAGCCAUGAAGUGCUUUGAAAGAAUGGUAUGUUAUCCAUGUCGUCGUUCAGCCACGACUCGGUGAAACAUAAGAUAUUACAGUUUUUAAUGUCCCGUUGGUAGGACAACCUUGUAGGUCCUCCAAUUUGUUUUCAAAUAAUUGAACAUUGGCUAAUAGGAUUGAUGGAAGAAGCAGUUUACUCGCUCGCUGUCGAAUUGUUACAAGGCACCCCGACCUACGUCCAUGAUAUCUCCGUCUCUUUCUCAUUCGAAUGACAGGGAUUUGGGCCUUGUCGGGUGUCUGUAGAAUAUCCUUCACAUCCGACUCGUUGAAGAAAAGAUCUUUGUCCAAUACGAGGUGAGUAAUCGCUGUCCUGAUAUCCAGAAGCUCUUUUUGGUCAUAAGAGACGGUGGCAGAAACAUUAUGUACAGAAUAAAUUACAAAUAACGCGAAAAAACACACACAAUAGUACUAUUGGAUAGAGGGCUGUAAAACGGCAGCCAUCUUCUCCAGGCACCAUUACUCAUGAUCCUCAACACGGCGGCCCCUCAGGGGUGCGUGCUCAGUCCCCUCCUGUACUCCCUGUUCACCCAUGACUGCAUGGCCAGGCACCACUCCAACACCAUCAUUAAGUUUGCCGACGACACAACAGUGGUAGUCCUGAUCACCGACAACGAUGAGACAGCCUAUAGGGAGGAGGUCAGAGACCUGGCCGUGUGAUGCCAGGAUAACAAACCUCUCCCUCAACGUGAUCAAGACAAAGGACUGAGCACGCCCCCAUUCUCAUCGAUGGGGCUUCAAGUUGCUUGGUGUCCACAUCACCAACAAGCUAUCAUGGUCCAAACACACCAAGACAGUCGUGAAGAGGGCACGACAAAGCCUAUUCCCCCUCAGGAGACAGAAAUUAUUUGGCAUGGGUCCUCACAUCAUCAAAAAGUUAUACAGCUGCACCAUCGAGAACAUCCUGACUGGUUACAUCACUGCCUGGUAUGGCAACUGCUCGGCCUCCGACCGCAAGGCACUACAGAUGGUAGUGCGUACGUCCCAGUACAUCACUGGGGCCAAGCUUCCUGCCAUCCAGGACCUCUAUACCAGGCAGUGUCAGAGGAAGGUCCAAAAGGCUUCUUAACAGCUUCUACCCCCAAGCCAUAAGACUCCUGAACAGCUAAUCAAAUGGCUACCCGGACUAUUUGCAUUUCCCUUCUUUUUCUUAAAACUGCGUUGUUGGUUAAGGGCUUGUAAGUAAGCAUUUCACUGUAAGGUCUACACCUGUUGUAUUCGGCGCAUGUGACAAAUAACAUUUGAUUUGAUUUGAUCAUAUAUUAUAUUAAUGUCUGUAUCUUCAUGAUGUAUAUGUAAGAUAGAUAUAUAGGGAUAUAGAAGGACAAAAAGGAGAGAUUGAGAACGAGAAGAGGAGAGUAUAGAGAAAUGGGAGUAAUAGUAAAUAAUAAAAUGGCUUUUGUAAAGAGAAAGCGAACGAGAGGGUUCAUUAGCAGAGUGGAAGUGAAGCAGAAUGUGCUGCGUCUCGACAGGAGGGAUAUACUCCAGCGUACCAGGGAGUCACAGUGGGGGACACACACACGGAAAGCACCCACUUCCCACUGGGACGUACUGGUUGAUUCAACAUUAUUUCCACAUAAUUUCAAUACAUACCGAACAAAAAUAUAAACACAACGUGUAAAGUGUUGGUCCCAUGUUUCAUGAGCUGAAAUAAAAAGAUUCCCGAAAUGUACAGCAUACAAUGACAUUCUAGACAAUUCUGUGCUUCCAAUUUUGUGGCAACAUUGUACAAGAUCGCCUUUUCUUUUUACAAGAUUUGUCAACUCUGCUUGAAAUUGAUCAGCUUACAGUGUAUCGAUGAAAUGUAGAUAAUGAGUAGAAUAUAUUGUUAUAUACAACCCAGGUAGCCCAUUUCAGCAGUGCAUUGUACACUACACUAUAAUUUCUAAUGGUAGCACAUAGUGAUUCUUUCCACUUUGUCCUAUUGAAGCACACUGGCUGAUGGAGAAUCAUGUAGUAUUUACAGCUUUAUCCAUAUAUGAUUUGGUUUUAACUUCCAGCAUAAAUUGAUGUAAAAUUGCUACAAUUAUGAGGUAAGCAUAUAAAAUAUUACAGUUUUCAGCAGUUAUCAAUCUAUAUACGUUAACUAGGCACUACAUGCUUUUGGUUCAGUAGUUAUCAGUUUUGAGCAGUUUGAUUAAGUGAUAGUUAAUUGUAUUGUUAACAAAUGACAAGAAAAUCAUAUCAAAAGUAAAGUGAAUGUUGAAUUUUGAAAAGCAGAUACUUAGAUUGAAAAUGUAUCCAUAUUCAAAGAGUGAUUUGGUGCAGUGAACAAAUGACUUUGUGAAUGUGUUUGUCGUACUCAGUCAAUUGAAAAUGUGCUUAAAGUUUUGAAACACAAGCCAUUUUGAUGAUCUGUUUUGAUUUGUGCUUAGAGUUGUGAAAAUGUACCACAUACUUGUGAAAUUUCACCAACGUGAUUGAAAAAAACUGUAAUAUCAUACAUUAGAGAAAAAUACUAGCCAGUAGCCACCACUUCCAGAGUAAAUUCUUCAAAGACAAACUAAACGAAACAUCAGGACAAACCCUUCAGCCUUGAUAGCUGACUUGAUGAAGGUAAUGAUGACAAAAGUGACACCGAGCAGGGAGACUAGACGAGAGGUUAGGGGGGAGAGGAGAGGUCGGCUGGUGCAAUUAAAAAGGAACACAGGAACCGAACGCUGACGAGGUUCUUCUCCAGGACCACACAACACGCACGCACGCACACACAUACACAAUAAAUAACUCAGCCCCAUCAUGCUGGCCUGAACACAAUAACAACAAUACAGUCAGAGGAAGGAUAAUGUUACAUGUAUGACACCGCUGUACAGUGAUGUUAAGGCCUGGUGAACACAGACACGGCAACAAACUAGACACCAUGUCUACAUGGUGCCUCGACUCUCUACAAGUCCUCCGUCCGUGACUGGUUGCCUGUCUGUCGAGGACAAGUGACAGACAGAACCACCCAUGCCAGGACUGAGAGAUACAAGAAAGCCCACAUAACCUACUUCUACCACCUAAGUAAAUUGUGUGUAAUUGUUCUAAUGUUAGUCCAUAUCCAUAUACACUACCAGUCAAAAGUUUGGACACACCUACUCAAGGGUUUUUCUUUAUUUUUACAAUAUAGAAUAAUAGUGAAUACAUCAAAACUAUGAAAUAACACACAUGGAAUCAUGUAGUAAACAAAAAAGUGUUAAACAAAUCAAAAUAUAUGUUAUAUUUGAGAUUCUUCAAACAGCCACCCUUUGCCUUGAUGACAGCUUUGCACACUCUUGGCAUUCUCUCAACCAGCUUCACCUGGAAUGCUUUUCCAACAAUCUUGACGGAUUUCCCACAUAUGCUGAGCACUUGUUGGCUGCUUUUCCUUCACUCUGCCGUCCGACUCAUCCCAAGCCUUCUCAGUUGGGUUGAGGUUGGGGGAUUGUGGAGGCCAGGUCAUCUGAUGCAGCAUUCCAUCACUCUCCUUGGUCAAAUAGCCCUUACACAGUCUGGAGGUGUGUUUUGGGUCAUUGUCCUGUUGAAAAACAAAUGAUAGUCCCACUAAGCCCAAACCAGAUGGGAUGGCGUAUCGCUGCAGACUGCUGUGGUAGACUUGCUGGUUAAGUGUGCCUUGAAUUCUAAAUAAAUCACAGACAGUGUCACCAGCAAAGCACCCACCACAACAUAACACCUCCUCCUCCAUGCUUUACGGUGGGAACUACACAUGCAGAGAUCAUCCGUUCACCCACACCGCGUCUCAAAAAGACACAGCGUUUGAACCAAAAAUCUCAAAUUUGGACUCAAUCCACCAUUGCUCGUGUUUCUUGUAGUGGUUUCAUGCAGCAAUUCGACCAUGAAGGCCUGAUUCACACAGUCUCCUCUGAACAGUUAAUGUUGAGAUGUGUCUGUUACUUGAACUCUGUGAAGCAUUUAUUUGGGCUGCAAUUUCUGAGGCUGGUAACUCUAAUGAACUUAUCCUCUACAGCAGAGGUAACUCUGGGUCUUCCAUUCCUGUGGCAGUCCUCGUGAGAGCCAGUUUCAUCAUAGCGCUUGAUGGUUUUUGCGACUGCACUUGAAGAAACUUUCAAAGUUCUUGAAAUUAUGGACUGUCGUUUCUCUUUGCUUAUUUGAGCUGUUCUUGCCAUAAUAUGGACUUGGUCUUCUGUAUACCACCCCUACCUUGUCACAACACAACUGAUUGGCUCAAACGCAUUAAGAAGGAAAGCAAUUCCACAAAUUAACUUUUAACAAGGCACACCUGUUAAUUGAAAUGCAUUCCAGGUGACUACCUUGUGAAGCUGGUUGAGAGAAUCCCAAGAGUGUGCAAAGCUGUCAUCAAGGCAAAGGGUGGCUAUUUGAAGAAUCUCAAAUAUAAAAUAUAUUUUGAUAUGUUUAAUACUACAUGAUUCCAUAUGUGUUAUUUAAUAGUUUUGAUGUCUUCACUAUUAUUCUACAAUGUAAAAAAUAGUACAAAUAAAGAAAAACCCUUGAAUGAGUAGGUGUGUCAAAACUUUUGACUGGUAGUGUAUUUCAGUGUCCAUCACUACCAUGUGGUUAAACUUUUACAAUUUGACAUUGCACCAAAUACUUUGUUUUUUUUUUCUUUCAAUGAAUGUCUGAAUUAACAUUAUAGCUCCCCAGAGGGGAAAUUGAGUUUGACACAUGAAGGGACAAUACACACUAGGGUUGGUAUCUUUCAAGGAUUUUAUCAACUAAGUGAAUACCAUUGGUGUUUAAUAUGAGUGUUUCAGCAUGAAACAUCCUUUAUUUAUUUUUUUACUAUGUCAAUCUGUAUUUGUUGUCAAUGUUUUGGGGUCAAACUGGUGGCAGUUUUGAGCAGUCAAUAGCUAGAAGAGUUGCAGGGUUAAUUGGAAAUAAUGCCAUUGUUGAUUACAAUUGUUUUAAUUAAUUGGGCUAUUUUCUAUAUACUAGAAACUAAUGGACAACAUGGACACAGAUACAAUAAAUUGAUAAUAUAUUAAUACAGUUAUUCAAAUAUAAAUGAUCAAAGUUACGAUAGAUUGCCAUAGCUUUUUUGUUAAUUACCAAAAUUACUGAAGAUUCCGGUAACUUUCUAAAUUACUGGUAGCUUUGCAACCUUAAUACAGACACACCGUGUAAGAGGCAGCUCCAGUCUUCAUGCAGUUCUCUACCCUAAAUGUAGCUCAUCUAUUUGACUAAAAUAUGAACUCAGAUGUUUAAAACUGCUUUUGACAGUGGAAAAUAACUCUUCAUUUGCAGGCUCUUCACUGAAGACCCCUGGAUCCUGAACCCAUUUCACCCAGGAGCCCCUACCCCCACCGUCCUCCUUGCUCCAGCCCCACAGCCUGUGGGUAUCUUCCUGUACCUGUGUGUGUGUGUACCUCCCCCUCCUCAUCCUCCCACCUCCACAGCCCAUAGUCGACCAUGCUGUGGACUGUUCUCCUAGCCCUGCUGGUUCUCCUCCUACUGCAGACCCAGCUAUGUGUCUGUCUACGGGUGCUCAGAGUUGCCGGCUAUUCCUCCCCCUCAUCCUCCCCCUCUCGUAAUGCCACCCAGCAGCGACUACCUGGAGUCAUCAUCAUCGGCGUGCGUAAAGGUGGCACCAGGGCCCUCCUGGAGAUGCUCAACCUCCAUCCGGACGUAGAGGUGGCCAAGGCUGAGGUAAUGAGACACAGAAACAUCAUCAUGACCAUCUUAACUUAAUUUGUAAAGCACUUUCACACAAUAGGCUACUCUCAAAGCUUUAACAUAAUGGGAUGAAAAUAGUCAUGCAGGAUAACAGAAUGAAAGAACAAGACAAAAUCCUAGACUUUACAGCGGUACAUUUUUGGGAGGGGAUAAGGCAUUAAACAACUCUACAUACUUUCUUUUUAGGUGCACUACUUCAACGUGGAAGAGCACUACCGGCGGGGGCUGGCGUGGUAUCGUGCCCAGAUGCCCUUCACCCUGCCUGGGCAAGUGACAGUGGAGAAAACCCCUGGCUACUUUGCCUCUCCCGAGGUCCCUCAGCGGGUCUGGGAGAUGAACCCUGCUGUCCGACUCCUGCUGAUCGUCCGGGAUCCCGCAGAGCGCCUCGUCUCCGACUAUACCCAGGUCCUCCAUAAUAGGGUGACCCGCCACAAGCCCUACCAGUCUCUAGGUAAGUGGCACCGAGGUUAAAGUGGUAGCCCAGUAACCGAAAGGUUGCUAGUUCAAGUCCCAGGCGAUGGAUAAUUGGGGACUGCUUGUGUCAGAUGAUUACUACCACUACUGUUGUUCCCUUGAGAAAGGCAGUUAACCCCAAAAAUGUCAAUCCAUCCAGUGCUCCAUACCUCAGAUCCUGUUCCUCUCAACCUAUAUGUGUGCCUAGAGUUGGGAAAAAGCGAAGACAAUAUACAUUUUUGUUCUAACCUAAUAAUAUUGGACUCUAUUUUAUGUUUUCUAUUGUAGAAGAGCUACUGCUCCGCCAUGGCCACAUUGACCCGGCCUACAAAGCCCUGCAGAGGAGCCUGUACCACCAGCACCUGGACCGCUGGCUGGAUGUCUUCCCCAGGGAGCAGGUCCAUGUGGUGGACGGAGAGGCCCUCAUCAGAGACCCCUUCCCAGAGCUCCGGAGGGCGGAGAGGUAAUGUUAUACCUAAUGUAAUCUUUGGGCGUGUCCCAAACUCCACAACAAAGGGCUCUGGUCAAAAGUAGCCAUAAUAAGAUUUUGACCUUAUGGUCACUGUAAGUACAUCUUCCCUGUAAGGUUGGAACGGCAGGCUGCCCAGGAAACCACUGAGCCGGCACGAGAUAUAGCUCAGAAAACAUACCUCAAUCCAGGGAUGGAGAUGCUAGGUAGCCAAAACCACAGCAGCCAUUUUCGAAGGAUAGUCAGCCAAUCAGCUCCUUUGUUGUUCAACAUGACAUUCCAUAUUGGGAAGGGGAUACCUAGUCAGUUGCACAACUAAAAUGUGUCUUCCUCUGAAUCAGAGAGGUGUGGGGGGCUGCCUGUUGUUGUUGUUGAGGGUUAACUGCCUUGCUCAAGGGCAGAACUGUAGAUUUUUUCCACCUUGCCGGCUCUAGGAUUCAAACCAGCGACCUUUCGGUUACUGGCCCAACACUCUUAACUGCUAGGCUACCAUGGCUGCUGGGGAUACUGCUAGCUAGCAUGAGGAUAAAAAAGUCAGUUUACUUUAAAAAGUAUUUCAAUCUUCUCAAGUACAACGCCAUCUCCCAUCGCUGGAUUGAGGUAUGUUUUCCGAGCCAUAUCUCGCACUGGCUCCACUGUGUCCUAAUUAGGAGAGCCUGCCGUUCUGACCGUAAGGUCGGAGUCUUAUUAUGGCUAGUCAAAAAUAGUACACUAUGUAGGAAAUAGGGUGCAAUUUGGGACACAGACUUACACUAGAAUAAAAUGGACGAAAUUACACUUUAUCACCAUGCACUUUAACUUGUAGCCUACAUAUUUAACCAACCAAGCUUUUUGCACACAUUUAGCCUCCUGUCUAUUGCUGGUACAUGUUGGUAAAAUUCAGAUUUUCUUUCAAUUGGCAUGAGAAUUCUUGGCCUACUUUCACACGAACACAACAAACAGGAAGUUCAUUGAAAGGACCCGGAAAUAGCAGUCUUCUUCUUCUUCAUCUUAUAUGGUAUUAUGGCGGUCCACAAACACACUUUAGAGGUGCAUGCCGCCACCUACUGUACGGGUGGUAAACUAUAUAAAAAAUAUCCAUUGUAGAAAAAGGGGAUAAAAACAACAUCAUACAAAAACAAAAAUGGACACAUACAAAAAAAUAUAACAUCACAAUCCUUCAGUCACAUUCCAAUUCAAGUCAUAUCCCUACACAGGCUCAGGGGCCUGUGAAGGCGGAUCAUCCAUUGACAAGAUUUCUUGCAAUGUAAACUCACUGAGUCCCUAAAAGCAUUCUCUGAUUGUGCUGUGCAGUUUAUGACCAUUGCAAUAAAUGCUACAAAGUCCACCUUUUUUACAUGUAAUAUAGCAGGAUCCCGUGAUUGCCGAGAAACACUCAUUGGUGCAGUCUCAAUUACCAUUGCGUCUUCAACGCCACUCGCUCCUUCGUCUCUUUUCUCCGCCUCCAGAUAGGAGACAUGUUGGACAACCCUUAUUCUCCCCACCUCUGUCUCCUUCACCCUAACAGGGGACUCUGGCAUAUGUUCGCCACCACCAGUGGAGGCUGCUGAGGGGAGGACGGCUCAUAAUAAUGGCUGGAAUGGAGCGAAUGGAAUGGCAUCAAACCACGUGUUUGAUGUGUUUGAUACCAUUCCACCUAAUCCGCUCCAGCCAUUACCACGAGCCCGUCCUCCCCAAUUAAGGUGCAACCAACCUACCGUGGUCACCACAGUUGCAGCAUAUAACCUCAGCUAUCAUAUGAUAUUUUUCCCAUCUGCACACACUUGAGACACGCAUGUAUUACACUGGAGGAGCUUAUGCACAAAAUCUCUUAAAGGAUAUUUCAUAAAGCCUAGCUUUACAUGAGAAGGGAGAGACUUUAUAAUAUGGACGAAGUGGGUUUCCUUACUCCAUCCACCACACAGGUCAGUCAACGUGCACCAGUCACUUCAUCUACUUCCUCAGGUAUAUCAUCUGCAUCCACUUCAUGCGCAACCCCAGAGAUAACCCCCUUGACAGGCGCCCUGCUUCGGAAAUCCAUUCACAAAACAUUGCAUGAAAAAAUAUUUUUGAGGCGCAAUGUUCCGUGAAAAAUCGGAAUAAAAUCAGAAUUUGUGGCUGCCACCGACGCCACCUCACCCAAUGCAUCCAUGUUAUACCUCGUGACUUCAAAUGGAUCCCCCAGGUAACAUUGAUCCAAAACCCUCACUCCGACUAUAAACAGAUCUAGGGAUUUCUUAGUUUCCAUCACAACUGUUUCCUUUCUUUUUCACGACUGUAGCCUACUCAUUUUCACUCUCAUCUUUACCCGACCCGCCAUCAGUUUCCAACAGAACAUCUAUUUCCGCCAUCUUCCCUCUCCUAAUCGACUCAUCCGCCCGGAAAUAGCAGUCUUUUGGAUUGCCUGAUUAAAUAGGGGCCUGAAUAAAAAAUGGCCUCAAAGAGAGGAUCCUUUCAUGGCUCACCUGUUACAUUUGUCUGUAUGUAACUUAUAUUGUGUAAGAUGCUAUUCAGUUGCCUCAUUGUGGAGAUUAACGUUUUCGAAUCUAAUCUCAUCUAAUCUAAUGUAGGCUGUCGUUGUAGUAGGCUGUCAUUGUAAACAAGAAUUUGUUCUUAACUGACUUGUUAAAUUAAAUAAAUAAAUAAUCUAUAGGUUCCUGGACCUGCCGCCCCGCAUCACUCCCUCCAACUUCUACUUCAACACAACUAAAGGUUUCUACUGCCUCCUCUCUGCUGGGGGCCAUGACAAGUGUCUGGAUGAGUCCAAGGGGAGGCCCCACGCUCCUCUCAGCUCCCGGGCCUUCAGGAAGCUCUGCCGGUACUUCAAAGAACCCAACCGCCUGUUCUUUGAGAUGGUGGGACGUUCCUUCUCCUGGUGCUGA